AUGCUGAAUCAGAAGUCACAGCUCGAAGAUGGCAGAUCAUCCAAAGAGAAACCGCAAUACAGUGAAUUGUCAUAUCUCGUCACACGCUCAUGUCUUCAACGUGAGGAUUUUAAUCAGCUUUCGCAAUAUGAGCGGCUGAAGCCGACCGCCACAGAAGCAAUAGUUGCAUCGGUAAAAAACAUCAGAUGCGGUGAAGUAAUCAAAAGAUUUUUUCCAAUAUUGCAAUGGCUUCCAAAUUAUUCGUUAAAAAAUGAUUUACUCAGCGAUAUGACUGCCGGCCUUACGGUGGCUGUUCUCCAAAUACCUCAAGGAAUGGCUUACGGCAUCUUAGCAGGCGUUGCCGCCAACGUUGGGCUCUAUAUGGCAUUCUUCCAUUGUCUAGUGUAUGCGAUAUUCGGUACAUCUCGCCAUAUAUCAAUGGGAACAUUUGCUGUGACUAGUUUAAUGACAGCUAAAAUCGUUGCAACGUAUUCAACAGUAAUUCCAACAUUGGCGUCAAAUGGAACAAACGAUGUUGUGCCAGUCAUAAAUCCUACAGAGAUUCCAAUAUACACACCGAUUCAAGUGGCCACUGCAGUUUCCUUUGUUGCAGGCGUAUUGUAUAUUGUUAUGAGUGCAGUUCGAUUGGGAAUGUUGUCGUCCUUGUUAAGUGAGCCACUAGUGAGUGGGUUCACCACAGCAGCAGCCGUUCAUGUGAUGGUUAGCCAGCUGAAGGACCUAUUGGGUGUAUCCAUCCCACGCUACAAAGGAAAUUUUAAAGUAAUUUUAUCCAUACGGGACAUUAUCGAUCAGACACCGAAUUCCAACUUGACUGCCAUCUACACUUCUCUAAUUGUUAUUCUUUUCAUGAUAUUCAUGAAUGAGUAUUUUAAACCAUGGCUCUCUACCAAAUGCCGUUUUCCGUUCCCAGCGGAGUUGAUGGCAGUGGUUGGAGGUACAGUUGCCUCGUAUUUCAUUGGCUUAGGUCCAAAAUUCAACAUCAGUUUGGUGGGGUCCAUUCCUACAGGCCUACCAGCACCACAAUUCCCACCUAUAUCUCUCAUAAAAGCCGUCGCCGUUGAUAGCAUCGCAGUAACUAUUGUGGGAUAUUCCAUCGUCAUGUCGAUGGGUAUGAUUUUUGCACAGAAGGAUAAUUAUGAGGUGCGGCCUAAUCAGGAACUAGUCGCACUAGGAUUUACUAACGUAGUUGGAUCCAUAUUUUCUUGCAUUCCUACUGCUUGCUCGUUAUCGCGAUCAUUGAUCCAACACCAAACUGGAGGAAAAACGCAAAUAGCUGCCGUAUUUUCUUCCAUGAUCAUUCUCGUUGUGUUACUAUGGAUAGGUCCCUACUUCGAAAGCUUACCUCGGUGCGUCCUAGCGGGCAUCAUCGUUGUCGCACUUAAGGGAAUGCUGAUACAAGUAUACCAUAUCAAAAAGUUUCGACGCGAGGGCCACUUGGAACUUUUUGUAUGGUGUGUUACGUUCCUUUCAGUUGUGAUUAUAGACAUCGAUAUUGGUCUACUGAUUGGCGUGGUAGUAUCACUAAUAUCCCUAUAUAUUAAGGGCUGGAAAACAUACUAUAGUUUACUCGGAACAGUUCCAGAUACUGCUGUUUAUGUGGACAUUGGAAGUCACCAACGUGCAGAGGAAGUACCUCGCAUUAAAAUUUUCAAGUAUACUGGUCCAAUCAAUUUCGCUAACAAAAGCUUCUUCAAGAAAGCCUUAUAUAAGGAAACAAGUAUAACUCAGCGCUCAAAUGAAUUUACAGUUGCCUGUUAUAACGGCGAAACUGCUGGACUGCAAUCUACAAAAACUAUUAUAAUUGACUUGAGCAGUGUUCCGCAUAUCGAUACGGCCGCAUGUAAAAUGUUUACAGAUGUAAAGAAUAACUUAGGGAAAAUUAGUGUUACACUUUUGUUGGCUUCUCCAGCCGACUGUGUGUAUGAUGCAUUACUGCAUGCAGAAUCGAUAGGAGAAGGAGGAUUCCACAUUUUUCCCACCGUACACGACGCAGUAAUUUACGCUCAAGGAAACGAGUCAAUUGUAUAGCGCAAGUUAAGAUAGCUGAAACUUAAAGCAACCAAAUCGAAAGUGCCUUUCACAAACCAUAAAAUCAAGUGCUCGACAAAUAUGAUGUAAAAUUGUUAAUUCUUGUGAUUCGAAAUUAAAACAUAAAAAAUAGCACAUAUACAAACCCGUAAGUUUUCAACUCUAAAAUUCUUUUCAUAGACUAGAUCAAACUGAUGAUAACGGAAAAUAAAAUGUUAGGAAUAUUUUUAGACGAUAGUAAGAUGGUAUGGCCCGUAUGUUUGUACUUUAUAACUGUUGGCGUAUUGUUGGAACAUCGCUUGUCCAAUUCACGACGUAUCAAGAGUCUC